CAAACAUUCUCUCUAAUGUUAGUUGCAUAAUAAAAUGUACCCAAAGCACAUUUAGCUAUAAACUAUAAGAAACCACUCAAAGAAAAAAAUAGAAGAGAGAGAGAGAGAAGAGGAAAAAUAUCAUGACUGAUUUCCUUUGUUGCUGUGAAUACUUGGUGUCACAAGAUUGCACAUUAUGGGUGGUGGGUAUAGAAUCGAUUACUUUGUGUCCGUUAACUAACUUUAUUGACUCUCAAAGAAGGAAAAGCAAAUGUAUUUGUUUAACCUUCUUUUGAGAGUAGUAGGUCACUAGUAAAGAGACAACUAAACACGACAUAUCACGUUGUAGAAGUGGCUUGUGCUAGUUAGUUAUAUCCCUUUACAUUCUAGAUACCCUUGUUGUCAAAGGGGAGCAUGAAGAUCAUGAAUCAGGUGAUUGAGAAACACCAAAGAAUGAACUGGGAAGAAAGAUGGUGCAAAGCUUCAAGUAAAAUGUAACGAUCUCAUUCAACCCGCUUUUCAGCUAAAGUAGUAAAAUAAAAAGUUGAAAUUUCUUAGCACUAAUUAAUAAACUCUUUCCUAACCAGUCAUAAGUACCACAAAUUAUUUAGUUGAAGUUAUUUCAAAGUUAGUUACAGUGAGGUGGGGUGGGAGAAAAGAAAAAGACAUUGCUAAUAUUGUGAUGAAUAAUCUUAGAAUGGUUAGUUUUAAGUUGAUGUAAAAAUAGAUAUAAAAAAUUAUUUCCCUUCCAUAACCAAUGGUUAACAUAUCCUACUCAAAAAUGAUGUCUAAAUAAGCAAGAGUUUGAAAAAAAAACUACAAUUUGUAUGAACAGAGGUAACUUUAGAACAAACUCACAACAAUAGAUAGAAGCAAAAGAUUCGUCUUUUAUGUGUGGUAGAUGAAGAAAAAACGUGCUUUCAUGUGCUACCUUCAAUAUCAGAUGGUCUGUCCUUGAACAUAGCUUACCUUCCAAAAAAAUAAAUAAAUAAAGCUAUAUCAACUAGUAUGCCCAACAACCAGAUAAUUUAGAUACUAAGAUGGAAAUAUCAAAACAUGUUUUACUCAUUAAAUUUACAAUAACUACACAACAUACGAUUGAUCACAUGUAAACAUUAACAUCAACUGGAAGUUUACAGAGCUUCACUCUAUAAAAAAAGCUGCUAGUAUUAGAGAUGGCGCUCAGCUAAUAUACCAUCUGAUUGUCAUAGGGUAAUAAAAUUGAAAGGAUUUGGCACAUUAAGUUCUCUGUUCAUCAUAUCUCAUGCAAGUUUGUUUGCUUUACGUCCAUUUUUCCAUGCUUGUGUAGGUUGGAUGGAUGUUAUUUGAGCCAUUGUUUUAUGGCCUUCAACUCAACAUCCAGGAACUCAGACAUCCCAAAUUAAAGAAGGAUUUACAAUCAAAAGCCCUACCAUACAUCUCCACACACAACCCUCUUAAUAAUGAAGCCUUCGACACAAUCCUUCAAAACAUUACCCUGCUAAAAAAAGGACCACAGAAUGGACUUAAUCCUCCAAACACACACCACCAUAAAAAGCAAGAGACAACCUAAAUCUAUGAAAAGUCUCCUAACACAAGCCCGAAUACGCUCAACAACAACACAGAAGCUUUUAGUAAAAAAAUGCGGAAGACCCAACUGUGGGAUAUGCAUCAAUUUAAUUGAGGGAUCAGAGUUCUCCUUCAAACAGGGACAACGUUUCACAGUGAAAAGCAACUUCACAUGUGCUUCAGAGAACCUGAUAUAUAUACUAACCUGCUUUGGGUGUCAAGAGCAAUAUAUAAGCCAAACAAAAAACAGUCUACAUCAAAGGAUAGCUCUGCACAGAUCCCAGAUCAAAAUUUUUAUAAAAUUAUUUUAGCGUCUUCUACCUUGACUUUUUUUUCCACACACACACACAUACAAAACCUAAUGUAGAAUUCAGGAAGGCUUGUUACUUUUCAGGCUUAUGAAAACUUAUUGCACAACUCUCUCUCAAUAGCUGUGUGCGUGUGUACACACUCACAUAUGCAGACAUACGCACAUGCAUCGACGCGUACAUAAGUCAGCAAGAGAGAUGCUACAUAGUCGUUCAAAGCUGCCAGAAAGAUCAGCUAAAUCUUUCUCAAUCUUAAACAGGAUGGAAAUGUUUAUUCCCAAUAACGCAGAACACAAAUCUGUGGAAAAUAUGAUGAAAACGAAUGGAAUGUUAGCGAUUAACUGGGGCUGGCAACAAGAAGAACGAAACCAUUAGUUCAGUAUUUCUCAUUGAAGGAGUCCGGGCGGUGAGUGGAGUGCUUGAAGGUUGAAAAGGAGCGGACAAAUUAACACGUUUUAUAUAAUUAAAAUUGUUUUAAAUCGUUUUCGGUACUAUUCAAGAAGAGUGGUCCCGGUGCGCGCACUCGCGCUAGCUAGUCGUGACUAGUCGAUCCUACAACGCCUAUCUAGCGCAAAUCAUGUAUGAGGGUUUUUUUUAAAACAAAGUAAAUCAUUUUUUUUUUUCUUAAAACAUCGUAACAGUCACUGUUAUUUCAGUAAUCCCAUUGUACGACGCACUCCAACAAUCAGAAUAUAUAGUCGUCCCUGGUUUGAUAAAUUUUUUAAUAAGUGGUGGAAGAGUUUCAGAAUAACGGUCAGGUACAAAGACUAAAAAACCUAUUUUUAUCCCCCUCUAUCCCAUCUUCCGUUGUAUUUGCACAUCAUAGAUUCAUCUAUUUCUACGAUCUGCCCAAGUCCACCAAUUUAGUAGGGGUUACGCAAAAACUAAUUACUUAUAAUGUCCCUCAUGUACUGAUACCAUUGAACAACAGUAGAUUUUGAAAGACCGACUUUUUAAUGGAUUCUUUACCAAAAACAGCUAGUGUGUAAUUUAUUUACUUUGUUUUAAAAAAAUUAUUUACUUUGUUUUUAAAAAAUUAUUUACUUUCUUUAGAAAAAAACCCUCGUACAUGUUUUGCGCAUUCGCGCUAAGAUCGUCGUUGUAGGAUCGACUAGUCACGACUAGCUUGCUCGGGUGCGUGCACCGGGACCCCUCUUCUUGAAUUGUACCUCGUUUUCUCUCGGCCAGCAGCAGUGUGAAGAAAGACUAUUUACAUGGACACAAACUGUUUUUGUCUUGUAAACAUAAAGGCGAUGGGGAAGGUGGGAUUUUCAAUAAUAUAUUUUUCAGUGUGAGUGUGGGUGGGAUUCAGGUGACUACUAUUUGAUAGUCGGAGAACCUCUGCUUUCGAUAAUAUAAUCCUAGAUACACUUUGUCAGAAUAAAAACGAGAUCGCUCACAGCUGCACUUUCUUUGAUUAAUGGGAAUGUUGGAUAAGAGCUAAACUAUAUCCACCCUCUUCUCACCUCAUAUCAACAUAAAUAACAGAAAGCUAAUACUGAUAAGAGACGGAAUAAAAGCAACAUAAUGAUACUUAGAGAUUUAUUUCUUAAGGUUAAAAACGUUUCCGGUUUUAUCGUGGAUUUGUUUUCAGUAACCAUAGGUUACCGAAGGACGCGAACCACCAACUCAGUUCUGUACACACACACACAUUUAUGUGUAUUUCUUGUUAGGUUUAGUUUAUGUGCGGAGGAAAGCGUCGCAGUUCCUCUUUGUAAUUUCUACUUUCUUACUUGAAGAAAGAUCACAGCAAAAUGUAUGUUGAGCUGUUGAGACAUAUGUAUAUCUAACUUACAGCAGUAUGUAUGUUGAAUUAUUUGAAAUUAUAAUACCUAUAUAUCACUACAUUUAGUUCGAAACUCAUUUUGCGAACGCAAAUGUAUAUAUGACUCUACGAAUACUUAUAUAUAUAUAUAGAAUAUCGAUAUAUCUACAUAUAAAAAUAAACCUACAUGAAUAUCUAUUAAGAGGCGGCAAAGAAAUCAACAACUAUGCCAACAGAUGAAAGAUUCGCCACGAAGGAUUUAAUAGAUGUUGGAGCUCUUUCUACACACCGCAUCCAACCGAAAAUGUCACGACUCAAGGCACAUUCCAGUAUCGGAGUCAAGCCAAAUAUUUUUGGCACAUUCAACAUUGUUACCGUACCAAGUACUAAUAUCUCAAAUUGCAAGAAAACAUAUUCGAAUUUCUUCAGAAGUUCAGUGACUGAUGAACCAUUUUCUCAGAAGAUAAAACUUGUGAACAAACGUGAAAAAAAUUUCGAAAAGCGUUCAUCAACAGUUAAACAGCCAAAGACUUAUGAAACAUGUAUGGAUAAUGUACGGAGAGAUAAUGUCUCAAAGCAACAGAAGAAGAUAAAACAUGAACUAAGACGAGAGAAAUUGCAUCAUAAACAAAAAGACGAAGAAACGAAAAAUAAGCAUCAAGAGACUUUGGGAAAUUCUUGGAGAGAUACUAUCUUUAAACAAAAGAAGAUGAAACAUGAAUUAAGACGAGAGAAGUUACUUCAAAAACAAAAAGAUGAAGAAAUGAAAAAUAAACAACGCCACGAGAUAUAUGCUCUCAACAAUGUUAUGAAGCAAUUAGAACACACCCACUUUAAGCAGUUUUGCGACUCAGUCGGUAUCCAGCAGAGAGAUAAUACUGAAACAAACACGGCCACAUUUCAUGAAUCAAUUCUUUCACAAAAUCUUAUUAUAUGAGAAUAUUUUUUUUUCAAAGAAAAGAAUACCUUUUUAACAUUGACUGUUA